GCCUCCUUUCCUGCUGGCUACACGUGGCCCCGGCCGGGUACCCAAGCGCCAACUUGGAGUAGUCACUGCGGGCUGGAGCCAUGACCUUCAAGAAGAUUGGCCGGUCUGGGCCCCCAAGGAGUAACCCCACACAGUCAUGCACUUUCUUAAGAGUGGACCUGCGGACGUAGUGGGCGAGGCGUUCACAGUUUUCCCAGCAGCAACCCAGUGGCUCUAGGAACCUUGGAGCUGGGCGACGGGAUCCGCCCGAGCCCUUUCUCAGCUGCGCCGACCCCGGAAGCAAGGCAUCGGAGGGAGCUCACCGUGGGCCACGCACGUCCGGGAGCCGAUCCCCGGGCCUUUUCUCCAGGUCGGCGGGCAGGUCUGGUACCCCCUCCCGCGACAGGUAUGCGCUAGAGGUGGGGAUCGAGAUGGGCUCCCCUGGAUUGUAUCACCUUCGAAGACCCCACACCCCCCAAUUCACCAUGGUACAUAUGAAGAAAUAGGCUUGGGGUGAGGCGACCUCGCCUGGAUCAUUAACGUUGCUGUGCUGGAUUGAGAGGGAAGCUGCGUCCCUGACUUAAGGCCUGAGCUCCUCCUGGGGCAGCGCCUUCUCUGGAGUCUGGAGGACCUAGCUUUGUCUUGCCUAGGACAGUUACAAGGAAGACUUUGGGUCACACACUCUGGGUCAAACAGAUCUGUCCAGCCUCCCAAGCCUGAGCCCUGACCCACCAACAGCCCAUUUUAUCAGCAGGGACUGAUGACCUAUGGGUUCAGCCCACUUCAGCCAGAAACGUGAAGAAAACAUCACUGGCCAAGACCAGAAGAAUCAAACAGGGUGGCAGCACAUCUGAGGACCAGAGCCACUUUAAGGAGCUAGAACCUGUGACCUCUCCAUCUCCGCUAAGCUGGGGCCAGUGACUUUCCUCUACAGCUGACAUCACAAAGAAGACUUGGGGACCUGGGAGUGCUCAGAGGAGCCUUCCCCUGAGACAUGAAACUUUGGGGUGGAAUGCUGCGGGCCUUUCUAUCUGGCCCCGGGAGGAGGGGAGGCACUUGGGGCCAGGCCUUCAGCUCAUGGCAACCGCAUCUGCCUCCAGCUGGCUCGUUGAAGGCCACAGAGCUGGUCAGUCACUGGACGGCAGUUUUCGAGAAGAGGGGAAAAAAUCCAGAGAGUAUUGUGGCUCAUGUCCUUGGAGCCAAAACAUUUCAGAGCCUGAAGCCAGUACUUUGGACCCAGCCCCUGACCCCUUGGCAGCUACAGUGCAUCCAGGAGCUGAGUAGCCAGCGACUGCAAAGGAUGCCUGUGCAGUAUAUCCUUGGUGAAUGGGACUUUCAAGGGCUCAGUCUGAAGAUGGCACAGCCAGUGUUCAUCCCGCGGCCAGAAACAGAGGAACUGGUUGAAUGGGUACUGGAGGAGGUGGCCCAGAGGCCCCGUGUGAUAGGAACCCAAGGCGGACCCCUCAUCCUGGAGGUGGGCUGUGGCUCGGGCGCCAUCUCCCUCAGCCUGCUGAGCCACCUCCCCCAGAGCCAAGUCAUUGCUGUGGAUAAGGAAGAAGCCGCCAUCUGCCUGACCCAUGAGAAUGCUCAGAGGCUUCGGCUGCAGGACAGGAUUCGGAUCAUCCCCCUCGAUGUGACCUCAGAGGGGAGCUGGGCGCACCUUCUGUCCUGGGGCCCCGUGGACCUGGUCGUCAGCAACCCUCCGUAUGUCUUCAGCCAGGACAUGGAGCAGCUGGCCCCUGAGAUCCGCAGCUACGAAGACCCCGCAGCCCUGGACGGCGGGGAGGAGGGCAUGGACGUCAUCGCACACAUCCUGGCCCUGGCGCCUCGGCUCCUGAAGGACUCUGGAAGCGUCUUCUUAGAAGUAGACCCAAGACACCCAGAGCUCGUCGGCAGCUGGCUUCAGAGCCGGCCGGACCUGUCCCUCAAUCUUGUGGCUGUGCGCAAGGACUUCUGUGGGAGGCCCCGGUUCCUUCACAUUCGGAGGUCUGAGGCACAGCAUGGCUGCCAUGCAGACACCUGACCAGGGCCCCAGCUGCCAGAGUGCCUGGCUGACACUUCUUCCUGGAACGCUCCUUGGAGGGAGGUGGAUGAUGCUGUCCAGAACCCCAGUUGCUUGUGGCAUUUUCCGUGGCUCUGGGAUUCCCCGUGAUCUACAUUCAUAGGUGAUUUGGGGCAGAAGCAAGGGCAAGGCUGUCCUUCCUGGGCAGCGAAGAGCAGUCCGGCUCAGGAUCUGAGCAGACCCAGAUUCCCAGGCUGGUUCCGUCACAUGAGUGUGGCCAAGGCAGGUCGCUCAGGGUCUGUGGGUGGAACUGCCCUGGAGACGUUGGGCGAUGUGGCCAAUAAAGUGUUGAAAGACCGACAA